CUCUUUGGACUGGUGGAGCCUUAUCCCUUCUUUCUUACACUGUCUAACUGGUGCUAAACUUUCCUCCAACGGUCAUGGUGUCUCUGGCAGUAGGAGCUCCGCCAAUGGCUUCUCAAUCUCUUUGUCUCUCUUCUCACAUUUCUUUUUCUCGUUCCCAAUCGCUCCUCACAUCUCUUCCCACUUCUCCACGUUUAGUCUCCAUACCCACGGUCUCUUCUCCGUCGCCCCUUUUAGUGUACUGCGGCAGAGGCGACAGAAAGACUGCCAAAGGAAAGCGCUUCAAUCACUCAUUUGGCAACGCGAGACCUCGGGACAAGAAGAAAGGAAGAGGUCCGCCGAGGGUUCCGAUUCCUUCUUCGCCCCCUAAAAAGGAUCCCUUCGAUGAUGAUGAGGUCGUCAAGAUUGAGAUUGAUGAGUCUCUGUUUUCUAAUUAAUGCAGAAACUUAUUUCCAUCUUCCUGUUCGAUGAAAGGAGAGGAUCAACAAUAAAUCGAAGAAGGUUUAGGUUGUGUGUUCUUGUGUUUCUGAAGGGAGAGGAAUGGAAGAGUUUUUAAGAUGGUUAAAUUGCGUGGGCAGAAUGUUGAAGACAUUGCAUACACUUAUUUGUUGUGAAACUUUUACCCCAGGCCUCAAUUUUUGGUUGGAUCCUUUUGACAAUCACUCCCUUGGUGCUUUUUGAUGACAUAAAAAGAGAACUAUUUGCGGUUCGUUGGAGAAGCUUUCGUUCAUUCUCACUUAGUUUUCCAUUGCCCUAUUUUUAGACUUUAGAACAUUAGAGUGAAAUGGAGUGAGUAUAAGGGAAUGAAAGUUUGUAUAGAAAAUUGGUAAAAUUACAAAGAUGAAUCCCAUUUCACUCCAUUCCAUUAGAUUCUCUCACUCGUUGUCUAUUUGUUUAUGACAUGGUUCCUUUGCUUACAUUCAAUAUCAUCUUUUAUUGAUUGCUCUUCAAAUUGGUCAGUGGUAUAGACAUUUUGUUGACUC